AUAGUGCGCAUGAUCGAGAGUAAACACAGAGCACUUGGCGACCUGAAGUCAUUAUUUCACUUUGGACUAACCAGCAGGAGGGUAAUUACUGGAGAAAUGAAAAGACCAUCAACACUAACUGAACCCCUAAUUUAAGCAGCAUAUAAUGGGUUUUAAAAGUGACUCAUGCCACUGACAGGAAGGCUCGUUCGGGCAUUUCAGCACUGGACAGCUCUCUCCGCCUAUCUCGCACUCACAAGCGCGCUUCUUGUCUGUGCGCGGGCAAAGUGACCGUCCGUCACAGCCGGUGGGGGCACGGCAUGGCGGCGGACUCUCCUCAGCAUCCUACUCCCCACAGCUGCUGCUAACGCCGAGCCUCGAGAGAUGAGCAUACCGGAGUUCCUACUGGAAGUGUCCAUCGUGGUGAUCGCUGUUGUCUCGCUGUUGACUAACUUGUCAGUGCUGCUAUGUUUCACCCAGAGCGCCGAGUUAAGAGCCCACGUGCCAGGCAUCUUCAUCCUAAACCUCUCCCUCUCCAACAUCCUCCUCACUGUGUUCAACAUGCCCACCACGUUUCUCGGAGUGGCCACAAACGCGAAGCCCAUCGGGGACUUCUUCUGCCGAGCUGUCAGUUUUGCUGAGACUUUUCUCACCACCAACGCCAUGCUGAGCAUGGCCGCGCUGAGCAUGGACAGGUGGAUAGCGGUGGUGUUUCCACUGAGUUACUCCAGCAAGAUGCGCCACAGGGACGCUUUUCUGAUGGUGGCGUACUCAUGGCUGCAGUCUCUCACCUUCUCCCUGACCCAGCUGCUGAUGGACUGGGGAGGCUACAGCCACACUUACGCCUCGUGUACUGUUCAUCUGGAAGGAGAGGGGAGGUCGCAGCUGGCCGCUUAUGCGACCUUCACGGCCCUGUUCCACUGCAGCAGCUUUGCGCUCAGCCUCCUCGUCCUGUGCUUCUCCUACCUGAAAGUUUUGAGAGUGGCCAGGUCCCACUGCAAGAGGAUAGAUGUCAUCACAGUGCAGACUCUGCUUCUGCUGGUUGAUAUCCACCCCAGUGUGAAGGAGAGGUGUUUAGCUGAACAGAAGAAGAGGAGGCAGCGUGCCACAAAAAAAAUCUGCAUCUUCAUCGGCUCCUUCCUCCUCUGCUUUUCACCCUAUGUUAUAACAAGGUUGGUUGAGUUGUUGCCCUCUGUGCACAUCCCCCGAUACUGGGGCAUCGCAGCCAGAUGUCUGUCCUAUGCCAAGACCUCCAGCGACCCAUUUGUCUACUGUCUGCUGCGGCAGCAGUACAGGAAGGUCCUGGUUAGUAUCAUCAGUCGGGUUUGGAGACAGGAUCGGUACUCGCUGUCUGUCCACAGUACGAGCAGCACACUGGACACCACAGACGACAACUGUAUUGCCAGAAUUACCUGAGCUUGAUGUGCAAAUAUUUAAAUGGUUCAACACCUGCGUCAGGGUCAGGGUCUCUGAAGAGCAGCAGGUCCACAGAUGGAAGAGAGUCGGUGCUUGUCUCAAGCUGGACACCAUCAACAGAGGGGGGACAGAAUGUGUCUUCAGUGAGACCACAUUGGGCUCUGAUGUGUGCCAAAGGCCUUUUCACACUCCACAGAUGGCUGUUUCCACAGGGCGUGUCAGUUUGCCUGCUGAGGCAUUUCCAAGGACACAUCGUUUAUUACUAUUAUUAAUGUAAAUGUAUGGUUGAAGAAACCUUUAAUUUCUUAGGAAGUGGUCUUAGUGUUUCAGUAAAAAUCCUGCAAAAAUGUUUUAUUCUGUUUUUGAAGCUUAUUUUUUAACACAGAGUGUAAAAAUAGGCGUGAGGAUGUGUGAAGAUUGUUACAUCACAGCAAAACCACAGAUUAAAGAAUUAACUCCA